AUGGUACACGCAACCGAAUCUGACGCUGCCCUUUUGGCGUCCGCUGGCCAAGAAAACAAUGUAGCCGCCCAACACCUCCACCAACAAUCCGCUCCUGCGACAACCCCUCACCCUCAACACAAUUCCUAUCCAUCUCGAGAUAACUGCGAUCGAAGACGACCUGCGGAGGAGGAUCACUCCCGGCUCAAGAAAAUGCCUUCGGCGCUGGUCGGUAAGACCGUCAGCCCGUUCUUGAAAGAGCAUAUCCCAGGUAUAUACGCCCCUGUCGGCAAAGACUUCCAGGAUGAGUCUUCCCAUACGGUGUCAGUAUCUGUUCCAAAAGAUGGCAAUACUCGAUUUUGCUACCGCCAUCGCCCGGACUCCAAGUGUCGCCGUACUGCGGACGAGACCAAAAUGGGCAUGAUCCAAAGAGAUCUGAACAGUCUUUCCCCCGCCGACCAGGAGGCCAUCACGCACGUCUGGUCUCUCUUCUCGGCAGCGCCCGCCAAACAUCGAGAGCUGAUGCUUCAAGGCAUCAUCACUCAAUGCUGCUUCCCACAACUCUCGACCGUCUCCCGCGAAGUACAAGAGCAACUCAAGAUCGACUUUCUAACAGCCCUCCCGACAGAGCUGUCAUACAAGAUCCUCUGCCACCUCGACACAGUGUCGCUAUGCAAGGCUACCCAAGUCAGCCGACGCUGGCAGAACCUUGCCGACGACGACGUGGUUUGGCAUCGCAUGUGCGAGCAGCAUAUUGAUAGAAAGUGCACCAAGUGCGGCUGGGGCCUGCCGCUACUAGAAAAGAAGAAGCUUAAAGCAUGGAGCCGUCACCAGCACACGGCCCAUGGGAAGGAAAGCGACUCGACCCAAACUGCCGACGAGGUCAACGAAUCCAACAAGCGUCCUUUAAAAGAGGAGGGCGCUCCCUCAAAGCGGCAGCGCCUCGACGGCACCGGUCCGUCCUCGACUAGUCUUGAAACAGAGCGCAAGUUCCGUCCAUGGAAAGAUGUCUAUCGCGACCGCUUCAAAGUUGGGUUUAACUGGAAGACUGGUCGCUGCACCAUCAGGACCUUCAAAGGCCACAGUAAUGGCGUUACGUGCCUGCAGUUCGAUCAGAAUAUCCUAGCUACUGGCUCCUAUGACACUACCAUCAAGAUUUGGAACAUUGAGACAGGCGAAGAGCUGCGUACCUUGCACGGCCAUACGGGAGCAGUGCGAACUUUGCAGUUUGACGACAGUAAGCUCAUCAGCGGCAGCUUCGACAAGACUAUCAAGAUCUGGAACUGGCAGACGGGCGAAUGUCUCAACACGCUCCAAUGCCACACCGAUGGCGUAUUGUCGGUGCACUUUGACAAAGGCACACUGGCGUCUGGUUCGAUCGACAAAACGAUUAAAAUCUUAUGCUUCGACACGAAGCAAACCUUCUAUCUACGCGGUCACACUGACUGGGUCAAUCAUGUCAGGCUUGACACGGCAUCUCGCACUGUCUUCUCCGCAUCUGAUGAUUUGUCGGUCAAGUUGUGGGAUUUGGACACGAAGCAGUGCAUCAAAACCUACCUCGGUCACGUCGGGCAAGUUCAGCAAGUUCUUCUCAUGCCUCCCGACUUUGAACCCGACGAGGUUCCUAGCCAGGACGACAACGACGGUGCCUCUGUGCGCAGCGGCCGGAGCGUAUCGCCGACACCGUCGCCAUCACCGUCGGCUCAGGUUGAUCGAUCGGUGUUUGGUCCUGGAUUCGAGUCGACCUCGCGACCUUUACCGCCGCGCUACAUGCUGACUGGUGGUCUCGACAACACUGUGCGCUUGUGGGACAUUGCCACUGGCAAGUGCAUUCGCAGCAUGUUUGGCCACGUUGAGGGUAUAUGGGGCCUGGUGGGUGACACGCUGCGUGUCGUCACUGGUGCCAACGAUUCGAUGACCAAGAUCUGGGAGCCCCGUUCGGGCAAAUGCGAGCGAAGCUUCACUGGCCAUGCCGGGCCGGUGCAGUGCGUUGGUCUGAGCGACAGCCGAAUGGCCAGCGGGAGUGAAGACGGCGAGGUGCGCCUCUACAGCUUCGAAGGCGAGGCAAAAGAGGAGCGGGGGACACCCUCGUAA